AUGUCCUUCAAUCAAUCAAAAACGGAAAAGAACGACGCCGCUUAUCGAAAGUCCGGGCGAUCGUCUAGCUUCAAUCAGCAGAGAGGUCCUUCAGGCGCAUAUGGAAGGGGCAGCGGCGGACCCGCGCCAUCUGCGCCGCUUUCCUCUAAUAGGAGUUUUAACAAGAAGUCUAAUAAUGCACAAGGUGGACACUAUAGGGUGAAUCCUUCCCCAGUGAAUUCAACUGAGUCAAACAGUGCUUCUGCUGCUCGAACCCUACAUAAUGGUACUCAUGUACACCCACAAUUGCAUGGAGCAUCUGAUGGGCCGGUUGCAAAGGCAUCUGAAUCAACCGCUGCACAGAGGAGCCCUAUAGUUGUUCCAAAUCCAACUUCUCAACCACCCCCCGUGAGCUCUAAUACAACCACUCCUACUGGCCCCGCUAAGGGAGAUGCAUCAAAGGCAUUCCCUUUUCAGUUUGGAUCGAUUGUUCCUGGCUUAAUGAAUGGAGUGGCUAUUCCUGCUCGUACAAGCUCAGCUCCUCCUAAUUUAGAUGAGCAGAAGCAUGAUCAGGCUCAUCAUGACUCUGUUAGGUCCGUGCCUUCAGUGCCAAUACCUCUCGUUCCGAAGCAUCAGCAGCAACAACCUCCUAGGAAUGAUUCAGGUGUAACUGAGAAAUCUAAUGCCAGGGAGACUAAUCUGGGUGCUAAGGCUAAAAAGGACCCUCAAGUUCCAGCUUUGAUCCCGGCAAGCCAGAUGCUGAAGCCUUCUGUUGUUGCUCCUGUAACUGGGAUUUCAAUGUCAACACCAUUUCAGCAGCCUCAGGUGUCUUUACAGUUUGGUGGUCCUAAUCCACAGAUUCAAUCUCAGGGGAUGUCCUCAACACCCCUCCAUCUUCCUAUGCCAAUGCCUAUGCCAGUUGGGAAUGUUCCACAAGUGCAGCAGCCGGUUUAUGUUCCCGGUCUUCAGCCUCAUCCAAUGCACCCUCACGGGAUCAUGCAUCCAGGCCAUAACUUAAGUUUCACUCAUCAAAUGGGCCAUCAGUUGCCCCAUCAAAUGGGCAACAUGGGCAUUGGUAUCAGCCCUCAAUAUCCCCAGCAUCAGGGUGGAAAAUAUGCUGCUCCUCCUCGGAAAACUACUCCCGUCAAGAUAACUCAUCCUGAAACGCACGAAGAGCUCAGGCUUGAUAAAAGGGCAGGUGGAUAUUCAGAUGGUGGGUCAUCUGGUGCUAGGUCACAUCCUAAUGUACCUUCCCAAUCCCAACCUGUUAAAUCCAUUGCCGUUUCUCAGCCUACAAGUUAUCAUCCCUAUAGUUCCAGUCCUCCCUAUUAUCAACCUUCUAGUUCUCUUCCAUUAACAAGUAGCCAAAUAACUCCCAACGCUCAGCCGCCAAUAUUUAAUUAUCCUGUGCACAAUGGUCCACAAAAUGUGGCUUUCAUGAAUUCACCGUCUCUUAGUUCUCUGCCUGUUAAUCAAAUAAGCCCUCCUAUUCCUAGCAUUGCUGAACCCCCCAUUGCAGAACGUUCUCGUCAGGUGCCUACUGUGACGGCAUCAGCUUCAACAGGGGUUGCUUCUGUGACUAUUAAACCAAAUGGUGUGUCUGCUGUUAAGGACUCACCGUUGACUGAUUCUAGUAUUUGUGGUGUUCAAAAUACCGAUGCUCGUAGUUCAGCAGCAUCUUGCGAUGCUAGUUCCCCUUUACCCAAAAAAGGGUCUGAAGCUUUCUCAGAAAUCUCUACGCAACAGUCUAAAUCUUCUGAGGAAAUUUUGCCAAAACAAUCUGCUGCAUCUGUUGUUGUCACUGCUGAUAAGGUUACAGUGCUACCUACCUCAGCUGUGGCUGAGGAUUCUGUUUCUGUUGUGACAAAUAAUGAAGCCAGCACGAGGGAACCUAUUAGUCGGUCCAACUCUUUGAAGGAUAACCAAAAGAAACCCGGGAAAAAAGGCCAAUCAUCUAAAGAUCAGGUUUCUUUGCAAUCUCCUACUGUGGCUAUUAUGCCGUCUCGAGCUGUUGACAGUGAUAUAUCUGAAUCAGGGGUUUCCACACCUGUGGGAAGUGAAACAAACCAUUCUCCUGGAGUUAUUGCUCAAGUGGCUGAUAGUUUGAGCAAUCAUAAGCAUGAUCUGAUAGAUGAAUCAUCCGAAGAUCUGCAGUCUGCUGAUUUGCCAGAAACAACUGCAAAGGAAAUCAAUGAUAGUGCAGAGAAUGCUUGCAGCGACUCUAUGUCAGUUUCAGAUGCUGCCGGGUCAACUUCUGAUCUUUAUAAUGCAUACAAAGGACCCGAGGAAAAGAAAGAAACUGUUUCAAUUUCAGAGAGCACAGAAAGUGAAACUACAUCUGAAGGGUUAAAGCAGUUAUCUGCAGAUUCUGCUCUGUUAGAUGCUAGCAUAAGUGAGAAAAGUGGUCACUCUAAAGUCGAACCUGAUGACUGGGAGGAUGCGGCUGACAUGUCUACAAAAAUUGAAGUUGAUGAUAAAUCUCAACAGGUUAUCGAUGGAAGUGGAAGUACAGCGAAAAAGUAUUCACGUGAUUUUCUUUUGAAAUUUGCAGAGCAAUGCAUUAGUCUUCCUGAAGGUUUUGAAAUUACGGCAGACAUAGCUGAUGCUUUGAUUAGUGCCAAUAUUAAUAAUUCUCGUGAUUCACAUCCUAGUCCUGGAAGAACUGGAGACAGGUCAAGGAUGGAACGCCGUGGUAAUGUUGUGGCUGAGGAAGACCGAUGGAAUAAAGGUUCCAAUUCUUUUCAUUCUGGGCGUGCUAUGGAUGGCAAUGGUAGUAAUGGCGGACCUCGACAUGGCCAAGGAGGUAAUUAUGGUGUUUUAAGGAAUCCUCGUGGACCGGCACCCCUUCAAUAUGCCGGGGGAAUCCUUUCUGGGCCAAUGCAAUCUGUGGGAAAUCAGGGUGGAAUGCAAAGAAAUAGCCCUGAUGGGGAGAGGUGGCAGCGUUCACCUAGCUUCCAGCAGAGGGGCUUAAUUCCUUCUCCUCAGUCUCCCUUACAGAUGAUGCACAGGGCUGAGAAGAAGUACGAAGUAGGUAAAGUCUCAGAUGCAGAAGAGGCAAAGCAGAGGCAACUGAAGGCUAUCUUGAACAAACUAACUCCUCAGAAUUUCGAUAGACUUUUUGAACAAGUUAAAGCAGUUAAUAUUGACAAUGCAGUCACUCUCACUGGUGUCAUCUCACAAAUCUUCGAGAAGGCUCUGAUGGAGCCUACCUUCUGUGAAAUGUAUGCCAACUUCUGCUCACAUCUGGCUUCUGAAUUGCCUGAUUUGAGUGAGGACAAUGAAAAGAUAACUUUUAAGAGGUUAUUAUUAAACAAAUGCCAAGAGGAAUUUGAGAGGGGUGAAAGAGAACAAGAAGAGGCAAAUAAGGUUGAUGAGGGAGAGGUCAAACUGUCAAAUGAAGAAAGGGAGCAGAGAAGAACAAAGGCAAGAAGGCGCAUGUUAGGAAAUAUCAGAUUGAUUGGAGAACUAUAUAAGAAGAAAAUGUUGACAGAGAGGAUAAUGCACGAGUGUAUCAAGAAGUUACUUGGUCAGUGUCAGGAUCCUGAUGAAGAAGAUGUUGAAGCUUUGUGCAAGCUGAUGAGUACUAUUGGGGAGAUGAUUGACCAUCCCAAAGCCAAGGAACAUAUGGAUGUAUAUUUUGAAAGGUUGAAAAUCUUAUCAAACAACAUGAAUUUAUCUUCUAGGGUGAGGUUUAUGUUGAAGGAUGUAAUUGAUUUGAGAAGAAAUAGAUGGCAACAAAGGAGGAAAGUUGAUGGUCCAAAGAAGAUUGAAGAAGUGCACAGAGAUGCUGUGCAAGAGAGGCAGGCUCAAGCUCAAGCUGGUAGGAUGGGUCGUGGUAUGGGAAACAAUCAAUCUGCAAGAAGGAACCCUAUGGAUUUUGGUCCUAGAGGAUCAUCGAUGAUGUCUCCUACUGCUCAGAUGGGUGGACCACGCGGGCUCUCUUCUCCAGCCCGUGGAUAUGGUGGUUUACAGGAUGCUCGUUUUGAAGAAAGGCAAUCUUAUGAGCCUAGGACUUUGUCAGUUAAUUUACCUCAAAGACCCUUGGGUAAUGAUUCUAUAACAUUGGGACCCCAGGGUGGUCUUGCUAGGGGAAUGUCCAGCAGAGGAUCAACAGCAGUUUCAAAUUUGUCAAUGCCAGAUGUGCAUUCUGGCCAUGGAGACUCUCACAGAAUGCAGAGCGGUAUUAAUGGUUAUAACAAUUCAUCUGAGCGCACGCCAUAUGGCUCAAGGGAGGAUCCUGCAUCAAGAUAUAUUUCAGACAGAUCUGCAAGUCUAGCUGGAUAUGAUCAUUCAAAUGCUCCAGAGCAUAAUAUAAACUAUGCUAACAGAGACUUAAGGAAUGAUGAUCGGAAUCUCGGCAGACCUGUUGCAACUUCACCGCAUCCUCAGUUGCAAGGGCCAAUUGUCUCCCAAAAUGCCUCCUCAGAGGUGGUUUUGUCAGAGGAAAAACUACAGGAAAUGUCCUUGUCAGCAAUCAGAGAAUACUACAGUGCUAGAGAUGUAAACGAGCUUGCUCAAUGUAUCAAAGAUUUGAACUCUCCAAACUUUCAUCCUUCCAUGGUUUCUCUAUGGGUGAUAGACUCGUUUGAGAGAAAGAACACUGAAAGAGAUCUUUUGGCCAAACUGCUUGUCAAACUUGGGAAAUCUCAGGAUAGCCUUUUGACCCAAACUCAGUUUAUUGAAGGGUUCGAGGCGGUUCUCAGUAAUUUGGAGGAUGCUGUUAAUGAUGCCCCCAAGGCGCCAGAGUUUCUUGGCCGUAUUUUUGCAGAACUUAUAUCAGAGAGUUUAGUCGGUUUGGAUGAGAUUGGGCAGUUAAUACAUGAUGGUGGAGAGGAUCCCGGCAAUCUCUUAAAAUUUGGACUUGCGGCUGAUGUUCUUGGAAGCACAUUGGAGGCUAUAAAACACGAGAAAGGGGACGUAGUUCUAAGCGAGAUUCAGAAAAGCUCAAAUUUGCAGUUGGAGUCUUUCCGACCACCUAAUAAUUCUAGUACAUCAAGGAAGUUGGAGAAAUUUAUUUAG